UCCCCUCUUUCCAGCGUUUUUCCGUGGAGCACUGCAGGGAUUCAGCCCGAGCUGCCGUCUUCCCCUCGCGGGGAACGCUGUGACCCCCCCCGCAGGAGCGGCGGGGCGGGGUGGGGGUGGGGGGGGGCUGGGAGAAGAUGGCGACGCCGGGAGGCGAACCCCAACCUUUCGUCCCUGCCCUUUCGGUAGCUACUCUGCACCCACAUCAUCAUCCCCACCACCACCACCACCAGCACCACGGAGGAACCGGCGGCGGCGCCGGCGGCGGCAGCGGGGGCUUCAACCUGCCCUUGAACCGCGGUCUGGAGCGCGCGCUAGAGGAGGCGGCCAACUCCGGGGGGUUGAACCUCAGCGCCAGGAAACUGAAGGAAUUUCCCCGCACCGCGGCCCCCGGGCACGACCUCUCGGACACGGUGCAAGCAGAUUUAUCUAAAAACAGACUGGUUGAAGUCCCAAUGGAAUUGUGCCAUUUUGUAUCACUGGAAAUUCUUAAUCUGUAUCAUAACUGUAUCAGAGUCAUUCCUGAAGCCAUCGUUAAUCUGCAGAUGCUGACUUACCUAAACUUGAGUCGAAAUCAGCUGUCCGCCCUGCCUGCCUGCCUGUGUGGUCUGCCUCUCAAAGUCUUAAUCGCAAGUAACAACAAACUUGGAUCAUUACCAGAAGAGAUAGGUCAGCUCAAACAAUUAAUGGAGUUGGAUGUCAGCUGUAACGAGAUCACAGCAUUGCCCCAGCAGAUAGGUCAAUUGAAAUCACUACGAGAACUGAAUGUCAGAAGAAAUUACCUUAAAGUUUUACCACAAGAACUAGUAGAUCUUCCCUUGGUAAAGUUUGACUUUUCCUGCAACAAAGUGCUCGUGAUUCCGAUUUGUUUUAGAGAGAUGAAGCAGCUGCAAGUGUUACUGCUUGAGAAUAACCCUCUGCAGUCUCCUCCAGCACAGAUUUGCACAAAAGGCAAAGUGCACAUAUUUAAGUAUCUGAGCAUACAAGCAUGCCAGAUCAAGACAACUGACUCCCUUUAUCUCCAUACCAUGGAGAGGCCACAUUUACACCAGCAUGUGGAAGACAGCAAGAAGGAUUCUGAUUCGGGAGUUGGAAGUGAUAAUGGAGAUAAGCGAUUAUCUGCCACCGAGCCUUCUGAUGAAGACACUGUUAGCCUCAAUGUGCCCAUGUCAAAUAUCAUGGAAGAAGAACAGAUCAUCAAAGAGGACUCGUGCCAUCGCCUUAGCCCCGUGAAAGGGGAAUUUCAUCAGGAAUUUCAACCGAAGCCUUCCCUUUUGAGUGAGAGUGACAACUCAGGAGAAGAAAGAAGCCAGUUUACUGAUGGAGCAGAUGUUCUCCAUUCGGAAUUUAUGAACUAUAAGGUUCUGGCGAGGAAGUCCCAUGGAGCAGCCCAGCAAGCAUUGGAUUGUGAGUUUAUUGGGCCUGGAGACAAAGCAGAGACCAUGGACAUUCAUGAAAUUGCCCUAGGGAAAGGGUGUGGGCCUAGGUCCACAUUAUGGGGUAAGAAGAGAAUAGGGCUGUGGUAG